UUAUUAAAGCGUUAACUUAUCGCUGAAUGUCGUCACAGUGUUAAUAUUGUACUUUGGCUUGCUAACAGUUUUCGAAAAGGUUGUUUACGGGCUGUCGUACGUCGCUAAACGCAAACAACGUCAUACCAAACAAACCAACUCCUGUCCAAACAGAGCGACCUCACACAGUCCCGUGACGGAUCACCUGCUUCUUAACUGUGGGUUGCACUUGACUUGUGUUCAGGUGGAGAGCUCUUGUUGUUGUUGUUAUUUAUGUUGUUUUGUGUGUGUCGUGUUUCAGAGUGUGGACUCACUGCAGAGGGAAGGAGCCCUCAUCAUGGCCACUGCUGCUGUGUCCCCUGCUGUUCCUCCAUCCGCUAAAAACAGCCUGAGAGAGGAUCUGACCUGCGCCAUAUGCUGCGACUUGUUCCGCGACCCGGUCAUGUUGGACUGCAUGCACCACUUCUGCAGACCCUGCAUCUCCAGGUACUGGAGAGGAACCCAGGGGCCCGUGACCUGCCCGCAGUGCCGCAAGGUGUUCACCUGCAGGCAGUUUCAGACCAACUACCUGGUCACCGCCAUGGUGGAGAAGGUCAGGGCCACCACCUCGCAAACGUACAUCCAGAACCUGGAGAAACAGCUGAAAGAGACGUUGGAGAGCCACCGCCUGCGGAGAGAGGACUACAUCAACAGUCUUCACAGAGAGAAAGACAAGAUGGAAACAAUAAAGAGAUCUGGAGCAGAUCUGCAGGUCCGUGUCAAAGCGGAAUUCCGAGCUCUCCAUCAGAUACUUGACGAUGAGGAGUCGUGUAUGCUGGAGCAGCUGAGGAGGGAGCAGGAGGAUGAGCUGGAAAAGGUCCAGCGCCACCUGGAGGCUGUCAAACUGGCGGUGAGGGAGCUGGAGGAGAACAUGAAAGUGCUGCAGCAGGCUAGUGCCUCCACUGACCACAUCAUACUGACCGAGCUCCCACAGCUAAGACCAUAUACACAGGUGGAUGCUGCCCCAGAGUUCGAUAUAAACACUUUCAGCAACAAAUACAUGGCCCCCUUACAGUACAUCACAUGGAGAAAGAUGUUCAAGUCUUUGAAGCCAGGUCCGUCCCCGCUAACGUUUGACGUUGACACAGCGCACCCGAGCGUCAGAGUCUCCAGGGAUAAAACCUUGGCGGUCGAAUGCGACGGCAUGACAUGGCACUCGGAAAACAACAAGCGCUUCCUCCAGUGCGUUAACAUUCUGGCUGCCCAGGGCUUCCACACAGGGCGCCACUACUGGGAGGUGGAAGUGGGCUCCAAACCCAAAUGGGACCUGGGCGUGGCAUCGGAGGCCGUGGACAGACACUCGCGGAUCAAGCUGGGACCAGAAAGCGGCUACUGGACUCUGCGACUGCGUAACAGGAACCAGUACUCCGCCGGCACCCAGCCCUGGACCAGGCUGCAGCUCGGGUCCUCCCCCCAGAGGCUCGGCAUUUUCUUGGACUGCGAGGAGAGAAGGGUGUCCUUCUACAAUGCAGACGACAUGAGUCUGCUCUACUCGUUCGCCAAUGGGCCGAGGGGCAAGGUGUUCCCCUUCUUCAGCCCGUGCAUCAGCGGCAGCAGUCAGGAACCUCAGCCUAUCAAACUCCUCCACUACCCGCCUGUUUGGCUGUCCGGCUAACAUGGCCACAAUCAUCUUUUAAAAGCUUUUUAGUUUGUAGGAGCUGUCAAUUCACUUAUUGGCCAAAGCCUGUUCUCACACAGCAAUUUGAGGACAUUAUUGCCAUUGUUGCUUUAUGGUGCCAAAUCACAAGAAGGUUCUAGUUGCGAUUAUGACUGUUUAUUACCAGAUGCUUCUAUUUCUUAUCCAAUAUACAUCUUUAAAGAAAUGAUAUGAAAAUCUCCACUUAAAAAAAUAAUUCCAUUGUACUGUAGUCCUUCUGAAGAGGCUCAUCAAGGCUGUUGGUGCGAUCAGCACAAACGCAUUAAAAGCACACUAUCAUUUCGGGUUUAAUGUAGUGAAGCUGAGAUGCAUCUAAUCUCAGGCUCCACACUGUUCAGCCAAUGAUCAGCUCUACAUGUAGACCUGAUCUUUCUAAUGAUUAUCUCUGUCUGUCGACUCACUUCUAAACUGUUUUUUUUUUUAUCUACCUUGAGUCAAAUCAUCAUGAUAGAAUAGAAUUUUACUUUGAGAUUCUGUUUAAUAAAAUAGAUUUACCUGAUUUAUACAUUAGUCUGAAUUGAAUUGUUGGUAUGUUUUUAUUUGGGAUGUUUCUUGAUGUUACUUUAUAGCACUUUAUGAGUUUCUUAUGCUGAUUCCACUUCUGUUGAUUUGUCAUUGCACGUUUAUUUGUACACUUUACAUGUGCCUAGAACACGUGGUAUCAUGCACUUGAUUGUUUAUUAGUUGUGGCUGAGAGGACGACUGGGAUUCAGUCCAUGCAGCACAUUUAGCAUUGUUGUCAUAUCGUUUAGAUGCUUCAUCGUGUACAUGAUCAAACACACAAAACGGUUAUUGUAACAAAAUGUGCUGAUACAAAUAAUAAACCAGAUCACUUCUUUCUUAAAUAAA